AUGUCGCGAGGUAGCACCAGAAUGAGAGGGCGAAUGGCGGGAAUGAGGCGGUGGGAUGGCCGAUCAAGGAUAACGACCGAUUGGUUUGGCCUCCAUAACGAUACUGAGCUCAAUUUCUCCGAUGGAGACAUCCUCGUCUUCCUGCACGAGCCUGGCAAGGCUAGAAGACGAGUAUCCUUUCGCCUCCACGCCGAAUACCUUGCAACCACAGGCUUUCAGUCCCUUGUCGACCAAGCUGUGGUCGCUCCCACACCAAAACAUUGGGCAAUGCCAGCCAGCCCAAGCGGUGAGCUCAGCGUCACGGUCAGGGAGCUAUAUCUGCCUCCACCAAACAAUGCAGACAGAGACGCCAUCGCGCAACACAAUCUGGCAACACGGAACUUUUUCGCCUGGCUAUAUGAUCGGCCACUGGCGGGGAAGACAUUGGGAGCAUCCAUGGUAGACGCGAUGACGAAAGCAUACACAUACAGACCGAAUCAUGCAGAACUAAUAAACAGAGAUAUGUUAGCAUAUUUGGACAGAAGGGGUUAUAUGGAUUUUCGAGAAUGCGUGGACCAUGCUUUAGCAGUACUACAGCUAGCGGAAAGCUGUCGGAUGGAAUCACUGUGGGUCAAUGCGUUUUCUCACUGCGUUGGCAUGCAUCAUGGUUUACGCGCGAGCAUUGAAUAUAAUCGUGUCAGUCGUGUGACUAAGGCAAUGAUCAUUCGUACUCGGCUUGAGAUGGACAUUCGUCUAGAUGGAGUGGCAAAGUCCAUGACAACCUUUUUCGAUUACGACGUCUCAGGUUCAUCUCUUGGAUUUGGGCGAAUUGCCAAAGAUCACAUGGACCGCUUCAGAUCCUUUCUUCAUGGGCACUAUAUCGAGAGUCAUGGAUUUUGGCCUCCUUCCGGAUUUGCUGCCAGCUUCGCCCUCCGAAGGUCACUCUACUCGUCGAUGUAUAUGGAAUUCCGAGCCCUGUAUCAGUAUUUGGUGGACACUCAGGCAAAUCCUGCCCUGCCAAUCGCAAAGCCUUCGCAAAGCGGAAUCUGGACCUUCCAGAUCAUCAGAGCUUUUGAUGCACAAUGCAAGCUCGAAACCUUACCGCAUCCGUUGCCUUUGCUUCCCCAACCGGUAAGGCACAGUGCUCCUCUUGGAUUUACAAUCAAGAAACGAAGAAUGGAGAGGGAAGCGCGACAAAUAGCCCUAAUAAAGUCCUUGGGUGAUGCCUCCAACCGCAAUCCAGACCUGAUGAAGUCUCGGCUGGUGCGCAGUUACAGCCAAUUCGAGAAACAGACUGUGCUUGAUGGUUUUGAUCCGGUCGAUCCGAUAGAAGGCAGGAAGGUGCGCUGGAUAUUGAUAUACGCCAUUUUCCAGACCCUUGCAUCGGUGAUCUCGGCUCCGAAGGAGGUUACAGAUACGGACGGAUUAUCAUAUCCAUUGUGUUGUCAAAGACCAAAAGUAAUGCCGUGGGUGGUGGAAGAAGAUGAAUCCGCUGCUAUUAUUCCAGUAGCUAGCAGAAGUACUAAGAGCAAGGAUGAUUUCCGCGAUGGCUUUCAAGGCCCCAACCACGAACCUCGAGGAGAUGGAACGAUGAUCACCUGUCAAGGAGAUGUCUCGUUACCAUCUUUCACGACUUUUUCAUCCCAAGUAGAAGUCCAUAUUGCGUCUUCGGCCCCAAGUUCACCAUCCAACUCUACCGCGUCGAAGUCCUCUCUGGCUCCCUCUCUUCUACGUCCCUCCCAGAACCUGGAAGAGUCUCCUGGCGAUACUGCCACGAUAUCAAAACUGACCCUUCCAACCAGACGCAAAUUUGUUUCCUUCCAACAGAUUGUCCCUGAUAAAUGUGACAACAAACUGAGCCAGACCAUCGGUAAUAGAGUUCCUCCUUCUGCCAUUGGUCAGUCCGACGUUAAUCGAAGCUCGGCCGAAAAAGUUAUCAACAACAGCUUGUUCAUUAGGACAGCCGCUUCACCACCGCCUUAUGAGAAUCCGCCUUCUCCCUCGAAUCGCCCCCCUUCCUAUGUCGCUCCACGAAACUUUACACCUUCCUUGGUGCCAUUCACUACUCCUUCCCCACCCAGCAGAGCAGAAAGUCCCACCCUUCCGACCUUACCUUCGACACCCUCUAGCUCACGAGAUUCGUCGCACAACUCCGCGUUCAGCUGCAUCGCCUCCAAGUCAUCAACUCCAUCUGAUGGACAACACCUAGAUCACAAUAGCACGCAAAACUCCAACACAGCCACAGCCGCCUCAGCGCCAAUACCAAUUCCAACAGCGGAAUCAGUAGACUUUCCCAAGGUAAAUGAGAAGAAGGUUGUAAAACCUCGAGAGCGCCCCAAUAUAAGCGCAAAGAGAUCUCCGUCAUCCUUUCCCUCUGCGCCGUGUACGACAGCUCCAAACAAGGCCCUCCCUCAGCUCCCAUCAAAAUUAGUUCGAUCCACAGUAUCCGGCCCAGAGAAAUACCUCAGUCUCCCCUCCGUCACGGGAUCAGGCCAGAUCGGAAUGCCAAAGGCCCUUUUAGGAUCUACAAGUAACACCAGCAGCAAUACCAGCGUGAAUAUCACUAAAGAGGAGACGGAGACGAUCUGA